CCAUUCAUCACAUUCAGUUAGUUAGAGAGAGAGAGAGAGAGAGAGAGAGAGAGAGAGAGAAUGGCAGGAAUCAUGAACAAGAUCGGAGAUGCGCUCCACAUCGGAGGAAACAAAGGCGACGAGCAUAACAAGGAGGAGGACGAGCACCACAAGAAGGACGAGCACUACAGCAAGGGCAAGGAUCAUGACGACGACCACAAGAAACACAAGGACGACAAGGAUGAUCACCACAAGAGCAAGGACCACGACGAUGAUCACCACAAGGACGACAAGAAGAAAAAGAAGAAGAAGGACAAGAAGAAAGACGACGGCCACAGCAGCAGCAGCGACAGCGAUUGAUCCAUGAUCGAUCAUCUGGUUUCAUUUUCCAUCUUCAGGUGGCCUCUUUAAUUUGAUGUUCCAAAGAAAAAAAGAGCAAAUAGGAAAUGACCGAGCUUUUUAGUUUUCUGGACGCUUUCCAUGUACCAACUAAAGAGAGCAAAAGAAGAUUGAUUUUGCUUAUUAGUUUUCUGUAGGCUAUUUUCUUCACUUGUAUUCAAUCAGAAAAAUAACUACCCCUCCAAGUAAGUACGUACUGUGUUUUCUACUUUUCUUUGAGAAGAAAGGAAGUGCCUUCAAGAUU